AUGUACCUCUUUAUUUCUGUGGUCGGGUACCUGUCAAAACAGCGUUCCUCUUUAUACACAUGGUCUGGACCUGACAGUCCAAGUAAUGUCUCUCUUUAUUUCUUUGGUCGGGUAACCGUCAAAACAGCGUUCCUCUUUAUACACGUGCGUUCCUCUUUAUACACAUGGUCUGGACCUGACAGUCCAAGUAAUGUCCUUUUUAUUUCUGUGGUCGGGUCAAAACAGCGUCAAAUCUGGAGCGUUCCUCUUUAUACAGAUGGUCUGGAUGGUCUGACAGUCCAAGUAAUGUCUCUCUUUAUUUCUUUAUUCGGGUACCAGUCAAAACAGCGUUCCAGCGUUCUUUAUACACAUGGUCUGGAGCUGACAGUCCAAGUAAUGUCCCUUUUCAUUUCUAUGGUCUGCGAUCAUCAAAAGUCAAAGCGUUCCUCUUUAUACACAUGGUCUGGACCUGACACUCCAAGUAAUGUCUCUCUUUAUUUCUGUGGUCGGGUACCCGUCAAACAGCGUAAUGUCCUCUUUAUGACACACAUGGUCUGGAGCUGA